UCGUCAAUACGUUCCUGGAACUUAUGAUCUUUGGAUCUGUGUGCGCCGGAGUUCGAUGUUAGUUGUGCUGGCAUGGAUAUAUUAAGGGUAGAUAAUGAAGACUAGUUUCGAUUUACGGAGAGUUAUUUGUCUAUUUAACUACUGAUCUAUCAUAUUCGUUGUUGGAACUUAGAGAAAAUCGCAAAAUCUUUUGUUAUUCGUGUUAAUUAGAAGUUCGAAUUAGUUUUAUACCAUGAUGAUACUAUUGAUGCAACUAUAGGGAGAAAAUGUGGCUGCUUAACCUGUUUCUAGAUGAAAUUCGAGACUUCUCAGGAUUUCACAUGAAAUUCUACACCACGAAAAUGCAGUUGAUAUCUUGCCAUCAUGAACAGUGAAACUGAUUCAUAUAGCAUACAUAACACUGAUACAUAGACGAAAAGAAAGAAAGAGAGAGAGAAAGAGAUGGAGGGAAGAAAGAAACACAUACAAAAAAAAGAGAGAGAGAAAAAAAAAAACGAUUUUCGAAACCGUCCCCCACGCCUCAAAUAAUCCAGAUAUAUCCACGCCAUCCUUUUCUAAUUUCAGGUCCUUUCAACAUCCCUCCAAAGAACACACACCUAGCAACUGAACCCCGAACUCACCAGGUAUCACGGACCAAAUCAUCUCGACGAAAAGCAAUUCAAAACGCACAGCUGUCCAUGUGUUUACGUUCGCCAUGGCUAGCGUAGCACAGCGUCUCGGGUAUUUGUUUUACGCAGUGAAUCCCAAAGCGACUUUUUUCAAACACCCGGAGGAAAUCCCGCGAUACGAGAAUGAGACCUUAUCCGCCAUCUUAGCUUUGGUCGGGCUAGAAAUUGCGUUCAAGGUGUUCACAGGGAAGCAAAUACGAUCGAACGAGGUCCUCACAUCGCUGGCUAUCGGUUUACUGCACGAAACUACUGUAUUCAUCUCCGAGGGCGCCAUCUUGCUGGGGUACGAGUGGCUCUAUCAGUUCCGCGUGUUUGACCUCCCGUGGGACUCGCUGUACACGUGGUGGGCCGCCUUCUUCUUCGUCGACUUCUGCUACUACUGGGUCCAUCGGGCGAACCACGAGGUCAAUCUCCUCUGGGCGGCCCACCAAGUGCACCAUUCCUCCGAGGACUACAUUCUCCCCACUGCAGUCCGCGUGUCUGUCUUCCAGCGCAUGACCUACUUCGGGUUCUACCACCCCCUCGCCCUCCUGGGGAUCCCCAUCUCCUCCGUCAUGGUCCACCUUGCCUUCAACUUCCUCUUCCAGUUCUGGGUUCAUAACGAAGACAUUGGCAAGCUCGGGCCCCUUGAGUGGGUCUUCAACACGCCGUCGCAUCAUCGCGUGCAUCACGGAUCCAACAAGUGGUGUCUUGAUAAGAAUUACGGCAGUAUCUUUAUCCUCUGGGACCGACUCUUCGGCACUUUCCAGGAGGAGAAGGAGGACGAGGAGAUCGUCUACGGCCUCGUGGACCAACCUCAGUCCAUGAACGGCAUCUGGCAUGAGAUCUUCUACUUCGAGAAGAUCUACGAGAAGGCGCGGAGCAUGAGCAGCUGGGGCGACUCCCUGAGGGCGGUGUUCUAUGGGCCCGGCUGGGUCCCCGGGGCGCCUCGCCUGGGGGACCCCGACGGCUUCCCGGACGUCAGGGCCCCCCGGGGGAAGUACGACCCCCAGAUGCCCGCGUGGUUCUUGUGGUAUACUUUGGUUCACUUGUCGAUCGGCAUAUUCCUUCAGCAAAUAAUGUUAAUUCACCUGCAGGCUUCUUCAUGGCUCACGGUCGCCCUCUUCAUCGCCUUCAACUUCCUGACGGUGGGCGUCCUGGGCUCCAUGUUCGACGGGUGGCGUUGGGCGCCGCUGCUGGAGGCCGCCCGCUGCGCCGCCUUCCUGCUCUACGCCCGCGCGACGCCCGUCUCCGGCGCCCCGAUGGUGGACGCCGCCCUCGUCCUCUGCUUCGCCAUGGGCGCCGUCUUCUGGACGUCGCAGAGCCUCCUGGUCAUUGGCGCGCCCGCGAAAGCCGUUAAAUUUGAAUGAGCCAAUGAGCGCCUCUUCCUCUGCCUCGCCACGAGCGCAAUCUUGUUCGCUCGCAGUAGGAUGCCAAUUAUAUGUUUGUCUUAUUUUUGAUCAGACCAUCUCAAUAUUUAUUAAUUUAAUUUGCAUUGAGCGCCGUAAGAUAGACAUUAUUAACCGAACUAUUUUUCACAACAGACUGGAAUGGAAUGGAGUUACGAAAUGUAAAUAUAUAAACAUUGGAUUAUGCAAA